AGAGUAAUAAUUAAUCUAAUUUUUAAAUCAACCCCACCUCCGUUCUACCGCUCCGGCCGCUCCCGCCACCUUUCAUCUUUCGCCGUCGCGUUCCCCACCGCCGGCAGUUUGAAUAUCUAUCUUCUAUUGUUGGUUUCUGUUUUCAAUUGAAAAAAAUAAAAUUAGGUUUUACAGAAGAAGUGUUUAAGCUUGUUGUGAAGUGGAGUUUGAUUUUCUGAAAAGGGGCGAGCAACAAAAUGGGCUCGCAAUUCUGCUGGGGAAAAAUCUAGCUUGUGAAUUUUGUGUGAAAUUGAGAAUUGCGCAAUUCUAAACUGUUUCUGCGGAAGCGAGUUUGCAAUUUCAGUUUUUGGCUUCUCAAAUUUGAGAAAGCCAACCUUAAUAUUUAGGGGGUUUAGGGUUUACUUCCUGUAAUACAUAGAAUUGAAAGAGACGGAAUGGACCAAGAAGAAAUCGACAAGGUAGUUCUAGCGUAUUUGGAUAAAAGGGGAUUCAAGCAAGCAGGCUUCGCUUUCCAGCAAGAGAAGCAGCAGAAUAGCAAAGGCAGCAACACUUCUUCAACCGCACAAAUUGAUCCUGAUAUUGCCAAACAAAUCCUCGCCUUCUCUGAAGUGGACAGUCCUGCACAAUAUCAAGAAGGGUAUGGUAAACUUCGGUCAUGGGCUUAUAGUUCAUUGGAUCAAUACCAGCACGAGUUGGUUCGCGUGUUGUAUCCAGUAUUUGUCCAUGGAUUUAUGGAUCUUGUGGCCAAGGGUCAUAUUCAGGAAGCUCGAUCUUUUUUUAAUAGCUUUCGAGGAGACCAUGAUGUGAUACAUUCUCGCGAUCUCCAAAAACUGGAAGGCGUUCUUUCUCCCUCGCAUCUGGAGGAAAUGGAAUUUGCACAUUCCCUGAGGCAGAGCAAAGUGAAUAUUAAGAUAUGCAAGUAUUCGUACGACCUACUUAUGCAAUACCUGCACAAGUCUCAAUCUAUUACAAUCAUUGGCGUCAUCAAUGAGCACAUCAACUUUAAUGUUUCUCCUGGACAACCAAGUUCAAUUGCGGAUGAUGCUGAAUUUGUUUCGCUUUUUGGAAGUGGUCAGGAUGCAGCUAACCUUAUAAAUCAAAAGGAAAUUCACUGGGGGUUGCUUGAAGAUUCUUUGGAAGAAAAGUUGGAAAAGACUUCGAACAUGGAUUCAGAAAAGGGAGAUGGAGAACUGAGAGAAGGGGACCUGGAAGAAAAUAAGAAAAGAUCUGUUGAUGGGAAUAAGCAAGGCAAUUCACUUAAAAAGCUGAAAAAAGACAAGGUUUCCAAUGCAACAGCAAAAGCUUCUCGUGCAGACAAUGUCACAGUAUCUGGAGCACCGCGUGUCAAACCGGAGCUACCCUUACCAGUAAUACCAAUUGAGGUAGAGCAUUCCAUUCUUGAAGACUUGAGGAAUCGUGUGCAGUUAAAUAGCACGGCAUUGCCUUCUAUAAGCUUCUAUACCUUUAUCAACACACAUAAUGGGUUGAAUUGUGCAUCAAUAUCUAAUGAUGGUUCACUAUUAGCUGGUGGUUUUUCAGAUUCAUCGUUAAAGGUUUGGGACAUGGCAAAGCUUGGGCAACAAAGUCAAAAUUCUUUGCAGGGUGAAAGUGAGUUAACCCCCAAUCAGAAUAUGUCUAGCUCAAAUGUUGGGGGAAAAUCGUACACAUUAUUUCGAGGUCAUGCUGGUCCUGUUCAUUCAGCGACUUUUAGUCCGUUUGGGGAUUUUCUUUUGUCUUCAUCAUCAGAUUCAACAAUUCGAUUGUGGAGCACAAAGUUGAAUACAAAUCUUGUAUGCUACAAGGGUCACAAUUAUCCCGUGUGGGAUGUGCAGUUUAGUCCAAUGGGACACUAUUUUGCUAGUGCUUCACAUGAUCGAACUGCAAGGAUCUGGUCUGUGGAUAGAAUACAGCCUUUGAGAAUAAUGGCAGGCCAUUUAUCUGAUGUAGAUUGUGUACAAUGGCAUGCAAACUGCAAUUACGUUGCAACUGGAUCUAGCGACAAAACAGUUCGGUUAUGGGAUGUCCAGAGUGGGGAGUGCGUAAGAAUUUUCAUUGGUCACAGAAGCAUGAUCUUAUCUUUGGCAAUGUCGCCUGAUGGUCGUUACAUGGCGUCUGGUGAUGAAGAUGGUACUAUAAUGAUGUGGGAUCUUGCUACUGGUCGAUGCAUUUCCCCUUUGGUUGGCCACAGCUCUUGCAUUUGGUCACUUUCUUUCAGUUGUGAAGGUUCACUUCUUGCUUCUGGUUCUGCCGAUUGCACUGUAAAAAUAUGGGAUGUCGCCACUAGUUCAAAGGUGUCAAAAGCUGAAGAGAACAAAAGUGGAAGUGUGAAUAGACUAAGAUCAUUGAAGACGUUGCCUACCAAAUCGACUCCCGUUUAUGCUCUAAAGUUCUCUCCGAGGAAUCUUUUGUUUGCUGCUGGAGCUCUCUCGAAGCAACCAUGAAUUUAUAGACUUCCAUUUUAGUCUUGCUUCCUCGUAAUUUGUUUUUAAUCUAUUUGAUAUUUUAUUUAACUGAUUUUGCAGUGGUGUUUUUCAUUUGUUAGUAAAUCGGUGUCUGUACACUAUUCUUGGAUUAUGUUAGCUUUGAUGUAUUUAUUGCGAUUUUUGCUUAACUUUAAUUGAAAGUUCUAUUUCGCAGAGAA